GGCGCCGCCCAAGGCCCCGUAGCGUGUCGGGGAGCCGGCCAUGGCGGGCGCCGGCAGGACGGUGCUGGUGCGGGGCCUGCCUGCUUCGACGCGCGGCCCGGACUUGGAGCGCGAGUUCGGGCGGGCGGGGCCGGUGCGGCGGGCCGUGGCCGUCACGGAGCCCGGUAGUGAGACUUGUCGUGGAUUCGGUUUUGUGACUUUCUCCUUGUCAGAGGAUGCUCAGAGAGCAGUCCAGGAGAUCACCACUUUGGGGGACCACAAGAUCAGUGUGGCACUUGCUAAUCCAAAGCCAAGGCAAAAAAGGAAGAAGGACGGAGAUGCCUCUGAAGCCUCCCAACCAGUGCAGAAGCACCAGAGGACAAAAGGGGCUUCAAAGAAAGCCAGGCUGAUUGUCCGCAACCUGAGUUUCAAGUGCACAGAAGAGGACCUGAAGUCAGCAUUUUCUCCAUUUGGCACGGUCCUGGAAGCAACUCUUCCCCGAAAACCAGAUGGGAAGCUGCGUGGCUUUGCCUUUGUGCAGUUCAGGAACGUCCUGGAAGCAGGGAAGGCUCUGAAAGGAGUGAACAUGAAGGAGAUCAAGGCACGCCCGGUGGCGGUGGACUGGGCCGUGGCCCGGGACAAGUACCAAGCGAUGCAGGCAGCAGCCUCUCCUGCCGGGAACCAGGAGAGGAAGCCAGGCAAGACCCCGCAGGAGGGUGCCGCUGGCAGCGAUGCGGAAGACGACUCCGGAAGAGCAGUGCUGGGGCCCGCUGAGCCCACGCGGUGGGGCAGGUACUUCGAGCAGGUCCCAGCUGGAGAUAGCGAGGAAGAGGAGCCCAGCAGGGUGGAGCCCUCUGGGGAAGCAGAGGAUGAGGAAGAGGAGGAGCUUGCCGAGACUGGAAGCUCUGAUGAAGAUGCGGGAGGCAGUGAAGAGGAGGAGGAAGAUGACGAAGAGGAGGAGGAGGAAGACGAUGACGAGGAGGAGGAGGAAGAAGAGGAAGAGGGCUCCAAGAGAGGAGGAGGAGGUGAGGCCCCCUUGGAGCCGGGGAAGGACCGCAGGACGCGCCCCUCGGAUGUCGCUGAAGGGAGGACGGUCUUCAUCAGGAACUUGUCCUUUGAUACUGAAGAGGAGGAGCUGGAGGAACUGCUGGAGCCGUUUGGGGGCCUCAAGUAUGUGCGGAUCGUGCUGCACCCCGACACGGAGCACUCCAAAGGCUGCGCCUUCGCCCAGUUCCUGACCCAGGAGGGAGCCCAGAAGGCCCUGCAGGCGGCUCAGGACGAGAGCGAGGGCGGGGGACUCCAUCUGGGCGGCCGCCGCCUCCGGGUGGACCUUGCCGUCAGCCGCGAGGAGGCCCAGCAGCUGCGAAGCAAGAAGGUGAAGCAGCCCACCGGCACCCGGAACCUCUACCUGGCGCGCGAAGGCUUGAUCCGCGCCGGCACGAAAGCCGCCGAAGGCAUGAGCGCUGCCGACCUGGCCAAGAGGGUGCGGUUCGAGGAGCUGAAGCGGCAGAAGCUGAAGGACCUGAACAUCUUCGUGUCUCGCACGAGGCUCUGCGUCCACAACCUGCCCAAGAGUGUGGAUGAUGCUCAGCUCCGGAGGCUGAUGCUUCAGGCGGUCAGUGGCGUGCCGGGGGUCCGGAUCCGGGAGAGCCGGGUGAUGCGGGCCCUGAAGGCGCCGGCGGCGAAGGGCCGGGGCCAGUCGCUGGGCUACGCCUUCGUGGAGUUCCAGGAGCACGAGCACGCCCUCGCCGCGCUGCGCCACGUCAACAACAACCCCCGGCUCUUUGGGGCCCAGAAGCGGCCCAUCGUGGAGUUCUCCCUGGAGGAUCGGCGGAAGCUGAAGCUGAAGGAGCAGCGCGCCCAGCGCAGCCUGCAAAAGCUGAGGCAGAGGCAGGCUGCGGAGGGGCUGCCGAGCAAGGGGGGAGCAGCUGCCGCUGGCGGGCCCACGGUCCCCGAAAGCCCGGCCCCGCGGACCAAGAGGCAGAGGACAGCCCCAGGGACGAACGUGGGCGAGCGUCCCCCGGGGUUCGAGCCGUCACGGGGCCCCCGCAAGAAGAGGCCCAGGGAUGCCCCGGAGGCCAAGCAGACCCUUUCGGACCCCCGUCCCACGGAAGGCUCCGCCCCCUGGUCCGGGUUCCAGACACGUGCGGAAAUCGAGCAGGUGGAGCUGCCGAGCGGCAAGAAGCGCCGCAAGGUCCUGCCUCUGCCUUCCCACCGGGGACCCAAGAUCAGGAAGCGGGAUAAGGGCAAAGCCAAGCCGCCCCCCCACCAAGAAGCCAGGCCCUCCGAGCAGCCCCUGCGCCGGCGUCCCGCUCUCCCACGCGGUGUGACGUGCUUGCUCCUCCCGCAGGUGCCCCGGAAGACGCGGCGGGCAGGACGCAGCCAGGCGGAGGCCCGCUUCGAGCAGCUGGUGGAGCAGUACAAGCGCCGGAUCCUUGGCACGGGCGGGCGGGCCCUGCCCGCCCAGAGGAGCAAGUGGUUCGAGAGCUGAGCUGAGCUGGUGGGGCACGGCUGGGCACGCGGGCCCUUCCUCCGCCCCCGGCGCCUGGGGCCACUGCGCUUGGCGAGGCUGAGCAGCCACCUGGCGUGCUGGCCGCCUCCGUGAGCAGCUGCCCGCCCGCCCGCCCGCCUCCCCGCACGCAUGUGCGCGCACGCCCCUCUGGACGGCUGCACGGCUGCUCCGGGCGCGCGGGGGAGGCAAGGCAGGCCCGAGCGCUUCACGGGUAGCGGCUUCUCCGGCCUUCUGCCCCGCGGGACGAGGCCAGAGCGCCCGGGCCUCUCAUCUCGGAGCUGAGCUGGCACGCAGCCGGGGUGACCCCAUGCUCCCGGGGGUGCGGGGUCCUUCCUGCCCAGCCCCUCCCGGGCCCACUGUCCUCUCACAGCAGCCACCCGCCUCUUGGAAGGGAGUCCGGAGCCUGCGCAAGCGUUGGCCUGCCCCGUGUUUUGGCCCUGCCCCCCCCCCCCGCAAGGGCACGGUGUGGGUCACACUUUUAUGUGGGGUGCCUGAGAGCCUUCCCUGCCUUCCUGGUCCUCUGACUUCCUCACGGUCCCUUCCCUCUGGGGCAAGAGGUGGGGGAGGGUCUGGACAUGGGGCAGCACUGUAGCUCUAUGGUCUUUUUUUAAUAAAAGGCUUUCUUAAAAACCCGGCA